CUAUGCACAUCCAGGUUGUUUCUUUUUUUCAGUUGUCACUAGGAAACAAGCUAAAAACUUGAUAGAUGCAGGUGCAGAUGCUUUGAGAGUGGGUAUGGGAAGUGGCAGUAUUUGUAUCACCCAAGAAGUAAUGGCAGUUGGUCGUCCACAAGCUACAGCUGUUUAUAAAGUUAGUGAGUACGCCAAACACUUUGGAGUACCUGUCAUAGCAGAUGGUGGGAUCCAAUCUAUAGGCCACAUCAUGAAAGCAUUGUCUUUAGGAGCUUCAACUGUGAUGAUGGGGUCCCUUUUAGCAGGAACUUCAGAAGCCCCUGGCGAAUACUUUUUCUCUGAUGGGGUGAGACUGAAAAAAUAUCGUGGAAUGGGUAGCAUAGAAGCUAUGGAGCGUAAAGAUGCUAUGGGGUCUGCCAUGAAUAGGUAUUUUCAUAAUGAAGUGGAUAAAUUGAAAGUAGCACAGGGAGUCAGUGGAAGCAUUGUCGAUAAAGGAUCUGUAUUACGCUUUGUUCCUUAUCUCCAGUGUGGAAUAAGACAUGGGUGUCAAGAUAUUGGUACCAAAUCUCUGAAUCAGCUGAGGGAGAUGAUGUACAAUGAUGAACUGCGUUUUGAGUUGAGAUCGCAUUCAGCUCAGUUAGAGGGAAAUGUUCAUAGUUUAUUUUCCUAUGAGAAGAGGUUAUUUUGAAGAGUUGCGGUCUUUUUUAUCUUUGAAUAAGUGGGAUCCCGAAUGGAUCAGACAUUAGAAAAGUGAUAAUAAUAUAUGUGUGUGUAUGUAUAUAUGUAUAAAUAUGUUUGUAUAUGCGUGUAGGUAUGUUAUUUUGUAUACAGGGUG